AUGGCUGACGUUUUCCCGGCCAACGACUCCACGGCGUCUCAGGACGUGGCCAAUCGUUUCGCCCGCAAAGGGGCGCUGAGACAGAAGAAUGUGCACGAGGUGAAGAACCACAAAUUCAUCGCCCGCUUCUUCAAGCAGCCCACCUUCUGCAGCCACUGCACCGACUUCAUCUGGGGGUUUGGGAAACAAGGCUUCCAGUGCCAAGUUUGCUGUUUUGUGGUUCACAAGAGGUGCCAUGAGUUCGUUACUUUUUCUUGUCCGGGUGCGGAUAAAGGACCUGACACUGAUGACCCCCGGAGCAAGCACAAGUUUAAGAUCCACACGUAUGGAAGCCCCACCUUCUGCGACCACUGCGGGUCCUUGCUGUAUGGACUUAUCCAUCAAGGGAUGAAAUGUGACACCUGUGACAUGAACGUGCACAAGCAGUGUGUGAUCAACGUCCCCAGCCUCUGCGGCAUGGACCACACGGAGAAGAGGGGGCGCAUCUACCUGAAAGCCGAGGUCACCGACGAGAAGCUCCACGUCACAGUACGAGACGCAAAAAAUCUAAUCCCUAUGGAUCCAAAUGGGCUCUCAGAUCCUUAUGUGAAGCUGAAACUUAUUCCUGAUCCCAAGAACGAAAGCAAACAAAAAACCAAGACCAUCCGCUCUACACUCAACCCCCAGUGGAACGAGUCCUUCACGUUCAAAUUAAAACCUUCAGAUAAAGACCGACGACUGUCUGUAGAAAUCUGGGACUGGGACCGAACAACAAGGAACGACUUCAUGGGCUCCCUUUCCUUCGGAGUUUCAGAGCUGAUGAAGAUGCCGGCCAGCGGAUGGUACAAGUUGCUCAACCAGGAAGAAGGUGAGUACUACAAUGUGCCCAUUCCAGAAGGAGACGAAGAAGGAAACGUGGAGCUCAGGCAGAAAUUCGAGAAAGCCAAGCUGGGCCCUGCCGGUAACAAAGUGAUCAGUCCUUCUGAAGACAGGAGACAGCCUUCCAACAACCUUGACCGAGUGAAGCUCACCGACUUCAAUUUCCUCAUGGUGCUGGGGAAGGGCAGUUUCGGGAAGGUGAUGCUCGCCGACAGGAAGGGAACGGAAGAACUGUAUGCCAUCAAAAUCCUGAAGAAGGACGUGGUGAUUCAAGACGACGACGUGGAGUGCACCAUGGUGGAGAAGCGCGUACUGGCCCUGUUGGAUAAGCCUCCGUUCCUGACGCAGCUACACUCCUGCUUCCAGACAGUGGACCGGCUGUACUUCGUCAUGGAAUAUGUCAAUGGAGGGGACCUCAUGUACCACAUUCAGCAAGUAGGAAAAUUUAAGGAACCGCAAGCCGUAUUCUAUGCAGCAGAAAUUUCCAUCGGGCUGUUCUUCCUUCAUAAAAGAGGAAUCAUUUAUAGGGACCUGAAGUUGGAUAACGUCAUGCUGGAUUCGGAGGGCCACAUCAAGAUUGCCGAUUUUGGGAUGUGUAAGGAGCACAUGAUGGAUGGGGUCACGACCAGGACCUUCUGCGGGACCCCAGAUUACAUCGCCCCGGAGAUCAUCGCCUAUCAGCCGUAUGAAUCCGUGGACUGGUGGGCCUAUGGCGUCCUGUUAUAUGAAAUGCUGGCCGGACAGCCUCCGUUUGAUGGCGAAGACGAGGACGAGCUGUUUCAGUCUAUCAUGGAGCACAACGUUUCGUACCCAAAGUCCUUGUCCAAGGAGGCCGUUUCCAUCUGCAAAGGACUGAUGACCAAGCACCCCGGCAAGCGGCUGGGCUGCGGCCCGGAGGGAGAGCGGGACGUCCGGGAACACGCCUUCUUCCGGAGGAUCGACUGGGAGAAGCUGGAGAGGGAGAUCCAGCCGCCCUUCAAGCCCAAAGUGUGCGGCAAAGGAGCCGAAAACUUCGACAAAUUCUUCACGCGGGGGCAGCCUGUCCUCACGCCGCCCGACCAGCUGGUCAUCGCUAACAUAGACCAGUCUGAUUUCGAAGGGUUCUCGUAUGUCAACCCCCAGUUCGUGCACCCCAUCUUACAGAGCGCAGUAUGAAACUCACCUGUGAGAACAAAUGCCUCCCCAGCGCCCAGCCGCCCCCGCCCCCCGGUCCCCCAGCAGUGGGAAAUGACCCUCAACCCUAAAAUUUGAAGGCCACACCCCUGUUCCUUAUUCCAGGUAGAGGCCUGAAAAUUGUAGGGGUCUUAGUCCACACGUGAUCAGCUGUUCAGGGUCUCUCACAACCAAGAACAUUAUCCUCGUGGAAGGUGAUGUCAUGUAGAGUGAGUGUCUGGUUGAUUUAACCCAUCUGGCUGUAGGUUAACCCUUCCUAGAAAGCAAAUGGACUCUGGCCCCUUUUUGGGAGGGAGGGGGGAUACAAUUUGAUAUGUUUUCCAUCAUUGAUUUUUCACCACCCGGCCUCCCCAACGCAAGAUGUCAAAAUGAACCCGCCCCCGGUCCAGGAGUCUGGAAGCCUCUCCACCCAGGGCGUGUUUGGAAUGAAAGAACAAGGAGCCCAGAGAGUGAGCAAGGCGGGGGUGGGGGCGGGGGACGCUUCCGAACACCCGCUGCUUGUGUUCCCUUCCUCGUCGGAAACGGUCCCUAGAAUCCGAGAGGCCGGGGUGACUCUAGGCCCAGUGGCAAGUCAUUUGCAAGCUCACUGUUCCCAGACGUUGAUAGUCGUAACCCAGUCCGGGUCCAGCGGUUACCGGUUUGAAAAACAGAGGAAGAAGACCUCCAUGGAGUGUUGGGGGCAUCGGUCAUGCUGUACCCUAACUCGGUUGCUAACUGUCUCGAUACUUGCAUUUGUUUUUAAGAGGCCAAAUCUUCUAAGGACUUUGCUGAAGGAGCAGGUGACGUCAUUUCAGAUCAAGGACGAACCAGUGUGUGUGUGUGACGUUCAUUUUAAUCUCUGGGAGAUUGCUCUGGAUCCAGGGUGCCAUCAGCCGUCAUGCCACUACUCACGAGUGUGGUCAGCCAACCCCCCUCACCUCCAUAUUUUGCUGCCUACUUCCCCAGAAGCCGACGCGUACGCUCCCCCGGCCCCACCCCCUUUUGUACUUAUUUAUUGACUAGGCUGCGGUGUCGUUUAUGCGAGUACGAUGUACAGUAAGUUAAUCCAAGUGUUGACUCUAGCCUCAGACCCUAGGAUCGCUUCCCCUCCUGUCUCCAGCCCCCCCACAUCCUCUUAAGGAGGAAGAGCAAUCCAGUUUGGGUCCCCCAUUUCCAGUUCCUGUUAAGGGACACACCUGGAGCUGUAGAAUCAGGAAAGCUGGAUGCCUCUCGGCUCAAAGAUGUUUUAUUGCUAGAAGGAUUUUAAUAUGUUUUGCAAAUGCAUCAUGCAAUGAAUUUUGCAUGUUUAUAAUAAAUCUUAAUAACUGAAUCUAUAUUAUUGAUAUAAUCGUAUCAAGCAUAAAGAGUAUUAUAAUAAUUUUAUAAGACACACCUGUGCUAUAUUUGUGAAGGCUCUCGUUUCUGAUCUGCUUCGAUGAUUACGUUUUAGCUUCCUUCUUUGCGGCCCUGCUUCCUCUCUCCCCUCCCCCACUCUGUGCCUACCCUGCAUUGGCGCUGUUAUCAGACAUAUUAAUUUUUAUUUUUUAUUACAGUAGAUCUAAUUUUGAAAAUGAAUGGCUUCUUUACAUGAUUAAUUAGGCUUAUACAUAUAUUAUAUAUUUGAUUCUACCUGCAAACAAAAGUUUUGUUGGGAGGGAAUUUUUUUUUUUCUUUUGGCUGUGCCUGUGGUAUGCAGAAGUUCCCAGCCAGGGAUCGAACCCAGGCUACUGCAGUGACAACACAAGUCCUCAACCGCUAGGCCACCAGGGAACUCCUGGGGGGAUUAUUUUUGAGGUGAGACUCCCUCUUCAUUUCUGAGUGCCAUCGUCUCUUCUGGUCCCUACAUCAUCUUCCUCCUGGCGACAGCAGGAGGGCUUUGGCUCCAGUGUGCCUCGUAUGUUUGUGCGGGUGUGGUGUCGUCAUGGCCCCCAGGAGGGACUUGCUUCGUUUCAUUCUUCCUCCCGGCCUUGUCACUGUUCGUGACUUGGGGUGGGAGGGGUGGGAAGGUGCUCUGCCCGAUUCGAGAAGCGUGCUGUGCACCUCGGUGUGUGCGGCACAAGCUGCCCCCUGCUUCAGCACGUGCAGACCUCAGGAGGCAAACCGCCCAGCAGCCCCUGGGCACAGCUGGCCCCUGGCACUCUCAGCGGGCGCUCUUCAGAGGCUGCAGAUUUUCUUCCAGUUGUUGCUAGACCAGCCUUUGCUGUUAUUUAAGGGCCCUUCUGUGAUGACAGCCAUCCCAAACACAAGGUCCUGGGAGGAGCCAGUCCAGAGCAGGAAGGACAGUGGUGGUGGACGUGGCUGUCUCUCCUUACCGGGGGCUGCUGUGUUGCCGCUUGUUCCCCCAAAAGCGUCUCCCAGCGAAGCCUCUUCUCAUUUUUACCCUCUGGCUCUUCGCCUGAAUCUCAGCUACCGCACAGCCACCGAGGGGUCUUAGAGAUGAGAUGGAAACCCUUGACUGGAGGAAGAGGUGGGGUCAGACCAGAAAAGAGCAACUCCUCAUGCCCUCUUUUACGGCUCCAGGACUCAAAAGGGGCCCCGGCAUAUCCAAAGCUGCAGCCCUGCUGGUCGGCACCCUCUAGGGACCCUUCCUCCCCAGGUCCCCCGCAUUCGGUCUGAGAGGAAAGGGACCCAAGUUUAGAAAGAGCCGGCCACCCUGCCCCAGAAUCCAGUAGCACGAGGCCAGAUCCCCAGCCAAGCCCUGGAGGCAAGGAAGGCUCCAGAAAGGCGCUCAUGGGGUUGUCAGCCCGCCGUUCGCUCCCAGGCCCCCAGCAGGUCACACUUUGCUCACACAGCCAACGCGUUUCCGAACUAUUUAUUCAUCUUUCUCUAGGAGACCUAUUCAGCAUCUCGGCUGGGUUGGAUCCUUUCCGAAUGUGUGGCAAAGUUUUAGAGAAAAAUACCCUGUCUGGGGGCAGCCAGGACUCUGCGUCAGGGACAGCAGGCUUGAGGGCAAACUCGGGAGGGAAACAGUUCAACAGAAAACAAUCAGGACCAGAAAAGUGUUAGAGUGAUGUGGCAUGUUUGGUACAUUGCUGUCCUGAACUGAGAUAAAAGCUGAUGCUUUUUUAAAGCAAAGUCUGAGCAGCCCAAGAGGGUCCUGCUGAAAGAACCCACAUCGUGUGGGUGGACCAUUAGCAGAAUUGGUUUAUCCAGUUCUGUGGCAUUGUCCCCCUACGUGGGCAUCGUGUGCAAUACCACAGCAGGAAAGGGGCUGCUGCUUUAACCUUUAAAGGGGUUAGAAUGAGGAGGACGCCUUGAUGGGUCAGGUCGGCGAGGGAAGUGCCAGCCCCUGAGCACUGCCUAUGUCGCCAGGGCCCGUGGCGAUCCAGCCCCCUGGGAUCACUCAGCACUAUCUGGGGCGCUGUGACUCUGGAAGGCCAUUCAGGUUACCUUGCAAAAUUGCCCCUCGGAAGGUGGUUCUGCUCAAAGAUGAGACGUCUGCAGGCCGGGGGCUGGCAGCCCUUCUCUUGCCAUCUUGUUUAAGCCCACUAGGUGCCCAGUUUGAAGGAAAGUAGCUGGAAUGUGCGCCCCGUGCUGCCCUCGGAGGUUAAUGGGAGGUUCACCCCAGGCAAGAACGAAUAUCCAGGUCAGUAGGCACCCCCAGGACCCAGAGCGACCACUCUUUACCACGCUUCUUGUGCGCCCGGGAGCUGGCACACGUCCCUGCAGGAUCACUGUCUGUCUUGUCUUCAGAGAUGGAGCAGACUUUCUUAUUAGGGGUCUUGGUGGGAAAUCCAAGCGCUGACAGCUCUUUGGGAACUUGCCCCAAGUUGGUCGGUGGGGAGAUUGUGACGACCAGGAUUAGUCAAGCCAGCUGACGACUGUGGAGCAGCGCCCCGAGCUGCAGUCCCGAGCAGGACAUGGGCACCUGCCGGAAGGAGCGGGCAGUCGCCCCAGAGCCAGCUGCGGUUCUUUCUGAGAAGGGAGAGGCCCCUGGAGGCCGAGGUCGGCAAGGAAUUUAGAAAAAAGCGGGGUGUGGGCCCCGAAGGACCCUGGCAGUAGGAGGAAGCCGGGAAGGAGAGGGCGUUUGGGAAGGAAGCCGCUGUUUCCAGUGGCUUUUCCAUCUGGAAAGUUGUUCACGCGGGUAAAAGUCACUGUCCAAUGGUCCUUGAGGGCAAGUUCAUUAUUCCUCCUGCGGAAACAUCUCCCAGAGGCCCGCAGCCUCCUCCCCAGCUCCCAGAAACCCCUUUCCUCACUCUCCCUGGAUGUGGCUCUGAAUCCCCUGCGAAGGGCUGAACCAUCCAGCAAGUGGGUCCCCUGUGGCUUCUGGCCGAGAAUCACAGCUGCUGGGGGGAUGGAGACCAGGACGGUGCAAACACAACUGCCACCGCCGUCCCCUCUGAUUUUGAAUGGGUUUUUUGUUGGUUUUUUGGUUUUUUGGUUUUGCUGGGUUGGUUUUCUCAGUACUGAAGAGGAGGGCAGAGUGAGAGUCUUACGUGUGUAAAAGCCUCAGAAAGGAAACACCAUCUGACGGUCCUGUCCUCACUUUGGUCUUAUGAAGUCACCUGUUUUCUUGUGUGUGCCCAUCACACCAUUUCCUGUUUCUUUAAGCCCAGCAAGGGCCAGAGUGCCUGUUCCCCCACUGAGCCCGGUAAACCAUCGUGAUCAUAAAGCCACUGCUGAGGCAAAGGACCCAAAGAUUAGGGACAGUCACAGUGAAGGGAAGGUGCACCCUGGUCCCUAGUGACCAUGCACCAAUCAGCGAGGAUGUCAGGUUACGUGUUAUGAAAUAUACCAGACCAUGAUGGCAUCUCCCAUCAUUUCCUGUUCAGGCAGGUGCAGCAAAUCCUGGGAAUGCUGUAUAUGUCUGCUCUUUGAAGAUACAGAAAAUUGGGAAAGGUGACCCGUAUUAGACAUGGAUGGAGGCAGCCUUCUAGAAAGGGUGUCAACCACAGUUGUGUUAAUUCUCUGAUGUCAGGGGCUCUUUGGGAGGGUUAAAAGCUGCAUGACUAGGAUCCCGGUGCCUCUGAUCUGUGCGAUCAGGUGUCAGUUAAUAACCAUGUAGGCCCAACUUCAUCAUCAGACAGCCUUACAAUGACCCACACUGAGGCCCACGAGUUCCAAAGACUUUUUUAAAAACUUAUGGAGGAAAUUAAUUUGUUAAUUCCAAUAGAUCAUCUGACUAUACUGGGCUAUUUGUACUUUUUUAAUAGAGAAAUUUAAUAACUUAAUUCUUUUAAAAUGAGUUUUUAAAAUAAAACUACUGACAAUUUCAUAAAAGUCCAGUCACAUGGGGGCUGUAGGAGGACUCAACUGGGGUCAGCUAGAGCACCCCUGACCUGCACUCCCAUUGCAGGAUUUUCCCAUGCGGUGGGGUAUAGAGUCCAUAACACAAUAACCGGAAGUUCAGGCAAACUGAAAUGGUAAAACAAUGCCCUUUGUGUUUUUAAUAGACACUGGGGACAACUGUCUAGAAACUUUGGGACUGCAGGAAAGAUGGCUUAAUUGUCCCCCUUCUAGAUGCAGCACUCGAAUAGCAUUCCCCAAAUCCCUGGGGCCCCUUUCCUUGCUCUGCGAGGCUCUAUAACCACCUUUCGACGUGGUGGCGAAGGCGCCUCCCCAGCUCUGUCUCCUGUCCCAUGUGUCCCCAGGUCUGUCAUAGUCAGUGAAAGUUCAGUGGUGCCCCAUGAGGAUUUUGCCCACUGGGAAACUCAGAAAUACUCCAUUAUCCCCAAGAAGCAGUGGGAGCAGUGCACCCACCGGCAUCUGUUUCAUACUCAUCUCUCGUGUGAGUAGACAGAAGCCUACUUUUCAGAAAAUAGGUGUUGUCUACUUCACAAGAACCACUUUUUUCUAAAAUAAGACAAAAGGUGGCUUUGCAUUUUCUGAUUAAACAACUGCAUCCUUGUCUCCUCUGCUUCACUUCAGGAGUGUUUAUUCCUGUGAUUGUAGAUUUAUUUUGUUGAUAUUCUGCCUGGGAAAAUGUGAUGCUUUUCUUGAGGGGAUUAGUGGACAAUUCAAAAUCAUACAUGAAGGUUGUUUUUCUUUUGAGUCUAAAAAUUCACCUCAUAUCUCUUCUAUGAGAGUCUUUAGAAUAUCUUUGAUAGAUGGUCGGAAACAUUUGAAAUCAUUGCUUUCACUACAUGAUGUUUUUGAGGGGGGAGGGGUGAAGGACAGACCAGGUUUAAAUUGAUAAUCAGAAAACAUCAUCUCUCACACCCCAAAUUUGUAUGGAGGGUGAAGACAAAGAGAUGGAGCUUGAGAUUUUUCCUCCUGUGUGAGCACCUACUGACAAAAUGUAGAGGCCAUUCAACCGUCAAGAAACAUUUGUUUUAUAGCAGGUAACAUGAUGUAUAAAUUACUGCAUCGCUUUAAUUCGUAUAACUGCUGAUCUUUGUUUGCAUGAUAUGCUUUGUUAGAUACAUUAAUUGUAGUUUGGAAGCAAGCGUGUAUGAAUAAAGAUAAUGAUCAUUCCUUAG